UUCACGCGCGUGUGUUUGUGUGUGUGUACGCGUGCAUGUGAGGGCGUGUUAAUCCACACACAGGACCCAUCAGCAUCGACCCCCCCAUUCCUCCCCUCACUUAGACACUUCCAGCUGGUGCGUAAGAUUCUCCAUCCCAGCUGCCCUCCACCCAUUCUUUUUCUCUCAUCCCAUCCCUCUCUCCGCUGCGCUCCGUCCCGGCUGACUGCACGGUGGGGAUGGGUUCAGGUAGGGCCAGAAGGACUCUGGAAAAAAAGCGCCAAGAGGAAAGCACCGUCUCCUUGAAACGUUCAUCUCCUCUCAAACAUAUGCAGUUUCCCAGCUUCAUCUCUUCGGUGGCUGCUCACAGGAACACAUAGACCUUACAGAGGGUGCCUGGGGGAGAUUUUUUUUUUUGUCUUUGUGCUUUAGAGGAAUUCUGUUCAGUCUUUAUUGACUGGAAGACACUUUAUGAAAGGAUAUCUCACUUGAGCUUUGCAUCAUGGCACAUGCAGCAUCCCAGCUGAAGAAAAAAGCAGAUUUGGAACUUACAGCUGCUGAGGAAGAGAAAGAGAAGAAGAAGAAGCCCAGAAAAAGGUCCAAAGAUCCAAAGAAAAAGACUGACAGUAAUGCCAGUUACCUCAGAGCGGCCCGAGCUGGAAACCUCGAGAAGGCCCUCGAUUAUAUAAAGUCUGGUGUGGACAUCAACAUCUGCAACCAGAAUGGGUUGAACGCUCUUCAUCUAGCAUCUAAAGAAGGCCAUGUGGAGGUUGUGGCCGAGCUUAUUAAACUUGGUGCCACUGUGGACGCCGCAACAAAGAAAGGCAACACUGCUCUGCACAUAGCAUCACUCGCUGGACAGGUGGAUGUUGUCAAGGAACUCGUGACUAACCGAGCAAAUAUCAACGCCCAGUCUCAGAAUGGCUUCACACCACUCUACAUGGCUGCCCAGGAAAACCACCUGGACGUCGUCAAAUUCCUCCUGGAUAAUGGAUCCAGUCAGAGCAUUGCCACAGAGGAUGGUUUUACUCCACUGGCCGUAGCUCUCCAGCAGGGUCAUGAUCAGGUGGUGUCUCUGCUCCUGGAGAACGACACCAAGGGGAAGGUGCGGCUACCUGCCCUGCACAUCGCCGCCCGUAAAGACGACACCAAAGCAGCGGCGCUGCUCCUGCAGAAUGACCACAAUGCAGAUGUCGAAUCCAAGAUGAUGGUGAAUAGAACGACAGAGAGUGGCUUCACCCCUCUCCACAUUGCGGCUCAUUACGGUAAUAUCAACGUAGCGACCCUGCUUCUGAACCGCGGGGCUGCCGUAGACUUCAAGGCGAGGAAUGACAUCACACCUCUCCAUGUGGCAUCAAAAAGAGGAAAUGCCAACAUGGUCAGGCUGCUGCUGGAGAGAGGAGCCCGAAUCGACGCCAAAACCAAGGACGGCCUGACACCUUUACAUUGUGGAGCAAGGAGCGGUCAUGAGCAAGUCCUUGAGAUGUUACUAGACCGUGGAGCACCCAUCCUCUCUAAGACAAAGAACGGCCUUUCACCGUUGCACAUGGCCACACAAGGAGAUCAUCUGAACUGCGUUCAGCUUUUGCUUCAUCAUGAGGUGCCCGUGGAUGACGUCACCAACGAUUAUCUGACAGCCCUGCAUGUCGCUGCACACUGCGGACACUACAAAGUUGCCAAGGUCCUUGUGGACAAGAAGGCCAAUCCUAAUGCCAAAGCACUGAAUGGUUUUACACCACUUCACAUUGCUUGCAAGAAGAACAGGAUUAAAGUGAUGGAGCUGUUGCUGAAACACGGAGCAUCCAUUCAGGCUGUGACUGAGUCUGGACUCACGCCGAUUCAUGUGGCUGCUUUUAUGGGCCAUGAAAACAUUGUGACUCAGUUGACAAAUCACGGAGCGUCUCCUAACACGAUGAAUGUGAGGGGAGAGACGGCGCUUCAUAUGGCUGCCAGGGCAGGACAGGCAAACGUGGUGAAAUUCCUGGUGGCGAAUGGAGCAGAUGUGGACGCUAAAGCCAAGGACGAUCAGACCCCGCUGCAUAUAUCCAGUCGUCUGGGAAAACCAGAUAUAGUCCAGCAACUACUGCAACAUGGGGCUUCACCUGACGCCACCACCACAUCUGGAUACACGCCGCUCCACCUGGCUGCCCGCGAUGGCCACAAAGACGUGGGAUCCAUCCUGCUGGACAAUGGAGCAUCUCUUGGCAUUACUACCAAGAAAGGAUUCACUCCCCUGCAUGUUGCAGCCAAAUACGGGAAGAUUGAAGUUGCUAAAUUACUGCUACAGAAGCGAGCGCCACCUGAUGCAGCUGGAAAGAGUGGACUAACACCACUGCAUGUUGCUGCACACUACGAUAACCAGAAAGUGGCCCUUCUUCUGUUGGACCAAGGAGCAUCUCCGCACGCUGCAGCGAAGAAUGGCUAUACUCCACUGCACAUAGCUGCCAAGAAGAACCAGAUGGAGAUAGCGACCACACUGCUCGAGUAUGGAGCUGAUACCAAUGCCACAACACGCCAGGGCAUCAGUCCUCUCCACCUGGCGGCCCAGGAGGGUAAUGUUGACAUGGUCACACUCUUGCUCGCCCGUGAAACUGCCAUCAAUCUUGGAAACAAGAAUGGACUGACCCCUCUUCACUUGGCGGCUCAAGAGGACAAAGUCAAUGUUUCAGAAGUGCUGGUUAAUCAUGGUGCCACAAUCGACCCAGAGACUAAGAUGGGAUAUACACCCCUGCAUGUGGCCUGUCACUAUGGCAAUAUAAAGAUGGUGCACUUCCUCCUGAAGAACCAGGCUAAAGUCAAUGCCAAAACUAAGAACGGAUACACACCUCUUCAUCAGGCAGCUCAGCAGGGUCACACACACAUUAUUAACCUUCUGCUGCAGCACGGAGCCUCUCCUAAUGAGCUGACAGUGAAUGGAAACACUGCCUUAGCUAUUGCCAGGCGCCUGGGUUACAUCUCUGUGGUUGACACACUCAAGGUCGUGACAGAGGAGACGCACACUACUGUGACGGUGACGGAGAAACAUAAAUUGAAUGUUCCUGAAACAAUGAAUGAGGUUUUGGACAUGUCAGAUGAUGAAGUUCGUAGAGCCAAUGUGCCUGAAAUGCUCAAUGAGGACUAUAUUUCAGAUGUUGACGAAGGUGAAGAUGCGAUGACAGGAGACACAGACAAGUACCUGGGACCACAAGACCUGCGAGAGCUCGGAGACGACUCUCUCCCUCAGGAAGGAUACGUGGGAUUCAGCGUGGGGGCCCGUACGGCCAGUCCUAAAGUCAGUCUGCGCUCCUUCAGUUCAGAUAGGUCCAACACACUCAACCGGAGCUCCUUCACCCGUGACAGCAUGAUGAUUGAAGAGAUCCUGGCGCCGAACAAGGACACGGGGGUCUGUAGAGAAAUGCCCACCCUUGUUGACUCUCAUUUUAAGCACCUGACUUUAGCAAAAGAUUACAACGCAAACUCGAUGAGGCGCUGUAGCUGGACGCCAGAAACUCUGGACAACGUGAACCUGGUCUCCAGCCCCGUCCAUUCAGGCAUUUCUCCCUCACCCCUUCAGUAUGACAACAGGUUUUUGGUGAGCUUCAUGGUGGACGCCCGUGGCGGUUCCAUGCGAGGAAGUCGCCACAAUGGCAUGCGCAUCAUCAUCCCACCUCGCAAGUGCACUGCGCCAACACGUAUCACGUGCCGUCUGGUCAAGAGACACAAGCUGGCAUCCCUGCCGCCCAUGGUGGAGGGAGAGGGGCUGGCGAGCCGGCUGGUGGAGGUGGGCCCAGCGGGGGCUCAGUUUCUGGGCCCUGUGAUUGUGGAGAUCCCUCAUUUUGGGUCUAUGAGAGGGAAAGAGCGAGAGCUCAUUAUGCUCAGGAGCGAAAACGGUGAGACCUGGAAAGAGCAUCAUUAUGACUGCAAAUCUGAAGACCUCGUUGAGCUCCUCAAUGGCAUGGAUGAAGAGCUUGACAGCACAGCAGAUCUGGAGAAGAAGCGUAUCUGCCGGAUCAUCACAAAGGAUUUCCCACAAUACUUUGCGGUGGUAUCACGGAUCAAACAGGAGAGUAAUCAAAUGGGUCCAGAUGGAGGGGUCCUGUCCAGCAUGACAGUACCUCUGGUCCAGGCCUCCUUCCCUGAGGGUGCGCUCACCAAGAAGAUCAGAGUUGGACUGCAGGCUCAGCCUGUUCCGGAUGAAGCUGUGAAGAAGAUCAUAGGAAACCGUGCCACCUUCAGCCCAAUAGUGACAGUGGAGCCUCGCAGGAGGAAGUUCCAUAAGCCCAUUACCAUGACCCUACCUGUGCCUCCGCUGUCUGGAGAGGGUGUGGUGAAUGGCUACAAAGGAGACCCAACACCAAGCCUGCGCCUGCUCUGCAGUAUAACUGGUGGCACAUCGCCAGCUCAGUGGGAGGACAUCACUGGGACUACACCUCUCACCUUUAUGAAUGACUGUGUGUCCUUCACCACAAACGUGUCUGCCAGGUUUUGGCUUGCAGACUGUCAUCAGACCCCAGAGACUGUAGGUUUGGCCACCCAGCUCUACAGAGAGCUCAUCUGUGUGCCCUACAUGGCCAAGUUUGUAGUGUUUGCUAAAAUGAAUGACCCUGUGGAGUCCAGCCUGCGGUGCUUCUGUAUGACAGAUGAUAAAGUGGACAAAACCCUGGAACAGCAGGAAAACUUUGAGGAGGUGGCCAGAAGCAAAGACAUUGAGGUGCUGGAAGGGAAGCCCAUCUAUGUGGACUGCUAUGGAAAUUUGGCCCCUCUGACCAAAGCCGGACAGCAGCUGGUUUUUAACUUCUAUGCUUUCAAAGAAAACAGACUGCCGUUCUGUGUGAAGGUCAGAGACAGCAGCCAAGAGCCAUGUGGCCGCUUGUCCUUCCUCAGAGAGCCCAAAACAUCCAAGGGUCUGGCUCAGACUGCUAUCUGUAAUUUAAACAUCACACUGCCAGGCCUCAAGAAGGAUGUGGAUUCAGAUCCUGAGGAAGAGACUGAAAAGCCAGAACGACGUCAUACCUUUGCAUCUCUAGCCUUACGUAAGCGCUACAGCUAUCUGACCGAGCCUGGAACGAAAACAGUUGAACGAAGUACAACAAGAACACUGCCUGCUGGUUACGCUCACAAACCUGUCUUUUCAACAAGAUCUUACCAGGCAUGGUCGACUGCUCCUAUUACCGUCCCUGGGCAAACAAAAUGUGGACUGGGUUCCCUCUCCAGUUCACCUUCCAACACGCCAUCUGUUUCACCACUAAAGUCUGUGUGGUCCAUUUCCUCUGCUUCUCCAAUCAAGUCCACCCUAGGAACAUCGAAUGCUUCUCCUGCAAAAUCAGUUAGCGAUGUAGCAUCACCCAUUAGAACAUACAGAUCUAUGUCAUCUCCAAUAAAGACUGUGGUUCAGCAACCCCAAAACCAAGUUCAAAUUUCCUCCAGUCUCCUGUCUUCACCGGGUAAAACUGGCACAGAUCCGGUGUCCAUUAAGGGGCUUGCUGCUUCAUUGUCCUCAAGAGCUAACUUGAUUUCAUCACCAGGAUCCAUGCUAGACAGAACUUUUACCACAGUGACGCAAGCUGAUUCUAUAAAGUCAACCACAAAUACAUACACGUCUUCAUUCAAAUCCACCCUGGCCCCUUCAAGUAUAGUAGCGUCCUCUCCCAUUCGAAACAUAUCAAGCUUGUCCUCUAUUAAAACAACCACAGAUGCAGCUAGGGGUACGAUUCUGUCAUCACUUUCUUCAUCAGCUAAGCCUACAAUAUCCAGUACUGAAACAGUCCUGCUAAACGGAUCCAUUUCACCGAUAAAAUACCCCUCAUCCUCCUCUGCAUCUUCCCGUCUGUUUACAGGAGGGGUUUACAGCUUACAAGAACGGAUACAGGCCACAACGCAAGCAGCUACGGCCAGUGUUGGUGCAGCCUUCAGUGAGGCUGAGAAAACACUUACUGCUGGCUUAACGUCAAAUUAUAGUGCACUAAAAUCUGUAUCUUCACCUUUAAGAUCAAAUUUAUCAAGUUCUGUUUACGAUACCCUUAGAUCACCAGCCACUACCACCACAUCAAUAUCACCCAUUUCCAUGUCCGUUCCGGUAUUCUCCGUGGUCAGUGUGCUUCCUGAACCCCAGGGGAAGAAACUCCCAGAAAAAAUAACAAUCACACCUCAGACACACACCCAAGCACAGUCCUCAACAUCACGGAUUAAACCCUCAAAGCCCUCACUUUUUAUUUCCCCAACAGUCCUAAAAGCUGCUGCUGCACCCACAUUGACAUCCAGUCAAGAGAUUCUUAAGGAUGUGGCAGAUAUGAAGGAAGAUCUGAUAAGAAUGACUGCAAUCUUACAAACUGACUCAUCAACCACAGCCAAAAGCUUCCACUCGCAUGUUUUUAAAGAGUCCAGGGUGGAGGAUGAAGAGCCUUUCAGUUUGGUUGAGAAAGUUAAAGAGGACCUUGUCAAAGUUAGUGAAAUUCUUACAAAAGAUGUCCUGAGCGAGGCCAAAAGCUCAAGUAAAGACAGGGCCUCAGAAGAUGAAUGGGAAGAGUUCUCCAAAGAUGAAAUUGAGGAGGCACGACAGAGUGCCAUGCGUUCCCUGCCAACAUUUGAACCAACUCUUCCUGUCGGGCCACAGUCAGUGCCAGACAAAGAUCUCAAUUUAGCUAAAGUGGUUGAUUACUUAAUGAAUGAUCUUGGUGCCAGUUCCCUUUCAAAAAUAGCUGAUGUAAAGAGCAGGUAUGAUGAAAUAAAGAAGGAAGGGGAGGAAAAACAAAAGCGUACCAUAAAACCGGAGCACAAGCUCAAAAUGCCACCCACAGGUAUGCGGACCUCUCCCUCAGAGAAAGACUUGAGUAAGUUAGCAGAUUCCUACAAUGGCACAGAUGCUAUCCUGGAAUCUCCUGAUGACUUUUCCCAUGAACAAGAUAAGAGUCCCCUCUCAGAUAGUGGUUUUGAAACCAGAAGUGAAAAGACCCCAUCAGCUCCUCAAAGUGCAGAGAGCACAGGGCCCAAACCCCCCUUCACAGAUCUGCCUAUUCCCCCUGUCAUAACAGAAACCAGAACUGAGGUUGUUCACGUCAUCAGGAGCUAUGAACAUCCUGAGGAGGUCUGUGAGCCACUAAUGGAUGAGGCAGCAGUUUUAAAGCCUCCGGUUGAGCCUGAGCCAGCAGUUAGCUCGAUCAAAGAUAAGGUAAAAGCCUUGCAGAUGAAAGCCAGCUCUGAGGAACUGGCCUGCGUCAAAGAAGAAACUCAUAUCACCACUACAACUCGAAUGGUCUACCACAAACCUCAACUGAAAGAUGCUGGAGAAACAAUGUCAGUCCGAGACAUAAUGAAAGCUUUUCAGUCUGGAAGAGACCCUUCCAAAGAAUUUGCCGGUUUAUUUGAGCACAAAACUGGCCAAGAUGCCAUUAAAGGAGAUGAAUUGUCCCCACGGUUCCUCGAAAAGGACAAAAAACCCAAAGUUGAGAGAAUUAUUGAGGUUCACAUAGAAAAGGGCAACACAACUGACCCGACAGAAGUUAUAAUCAGAGAGACUAAAAAGCAUCCAGAGUUUAUAUGCAGGAGUGACCGAGGUCUUAAGGAGCUUGUUGAAAGGGUUGAUGGUGAUUAUGAGACUCUUCAAGAUGAGGAGGAACUUACUGCUGAGGAAUCACUUCCGUCCUUCUUAGACACAUCCAGAGUCAAUACACCUGUUUCCCAAGAGGAAGAGUCUCGUCCAGGUUCAGCUCAGCUUAUUGCAGAUGAGUCAUAUAAAGCUUUAAAACUUCUAAGCCAGCAUUCUAUUGAGUAUCAUGAUGAUGAGUUAUCUGAGUUGAGAGGGGAGUCAUACAGGUUUGCUGAAAAAAUGUUGCUCUCAGAAAAAUUAGACAUAUCACAUUCUGAUACUGAGGACUCAGUGGCAGAUCAGGCGCAUAGCGUAGCCACUGAGGUCCAUGGGGCAGAAGGCAUAUAUGGAGAAAAAGUAGCUGGCCCCAGGAAGCAGUCCAAAUUAAAGUCAGCAAGGGAUGCAUCAGAGAAAUCAGGUAAAUAUCCCCCACAAGAUGAGCAAUAUGACAAAGUUACAGUAUUACAUUAUACCACAGAACCCGGUAGCCCUAAACAUGCGGUGUGGAUGAGAUUCGCCCAGGAUAGGCAGGACAGGAACAGAGAGAAGCUCAUAUAUGAAGAUAGAGUAGAUCGGACCAUUAAAGAGGCAGAGGAGAAACUGAGUGAAGUUUCACAGUUUUUUAGGGACAAAACUGAAAAGUUAAAUGAUGAGCUCCAGUCCCCUGAGAAAAAGAAACCAACAAGAUUAUCACGAGAGACACAGUCAGGGCCGAGCUCAACGUGCAGCAGCCCUGAGAAAAAGCAAAAGACUGCAGCUGAGGAAUGGGACAAAGGCAGACAGAAGAUGUUUGGCAGCACAAAUGAAAGGAAAAGUGCAAGUCUGCCAAACAGUCCCGAGAGGCAUAUGCUAUCACAGUUCAGUGAGGACAAGCCAAAACAGCACGAAGAUCUUAAGCAGACAAAGACAGGUGAUGCAGGCCCCCCAGUCCCCGUUAAGACUUUUAGAGUGAGUUCUGUUCGACAAAAGUUUGAAAUAGAAGCACAGAAACAGGAUCAGAAUGUGCCUCUAACACAAUCAAAACAACCAGUUAAGAAACUAACAGAAAGUAAAUUACCAGUGUAUCAGUUUUACGGUGGUUCAAAAGCUGAUUCCACAGACGAAGGACACCCACCUCCUAAAAAACUAACAGAAAACGAUAAAAGUAGCAGUACUAUUGUCUCAACACAGUUGGGUGAAAAAUGUUUACCUGAAAAAUCAGAUACUGUUGUUAAAAGAGCUUCUCAUUUUGAGAAAAUGAAAGAUCAAGAGUUUGAUAAAUCUCGGGAGAGCUCUACUAAAGUUGACUCUCAAGAUUUGAAAGAUGGAAAUAUUGUAGACAGGCAUAGUGCAAUUAAUGAUAUUAAAGAGCAGCAGUUUUUAAAGGGUGACAUUAAAAAUGAGACAGUUAAAACAGCUUCAUUCUCUAAGGAUAAUAUCAGUAGGAAUGACUUUCAGAUAAAGACCCUUAUGAAAAAGACAGAAUCUCAUAUUCCUGUGAGAACAUCACCUGGUUCUUCAGACAAUAAUCAGUCAAAGAAGGCAAAUCAAGACACAUUAACUAAAUUAUCCGAAAAGAGCCCAUCGCAAAUACCUACCCUGACCAAACCAAGGGUUCAGGGCCGUUCAGAGUUACAGAGAGAGGAAGCUGCAACAAAGAAGUCUGAAGAGGUCUCUGCUGAAAGUAGAACAAGUGGUCUAAGUGACAGUAGUUUGGUCGAAAAAAUAUCCACCGUUACAACAAGAGAAAGUUUCAAAGGGCUUAAAACUUUACCAGUCUAUGUAAGUGUUCAAGUAGGGAAACAGUCUGACAAAGAUAUGGGAGGAGGAGGAAGCAAUGGAACAUUCAAAAAGAUGGUUAGCUCAGAAAGCCGAACAAUUUAUGCAGUUAAACAGAAACAGCCCACAUCUCCUCAAGGCAGCCCAGAUGAUGACACUUUAGAACAGUUCUCUUUUAUCGAUAGCUCUGGCAAAAGUCCUAUGACUCCAGAGACACCAAGCUCAGAAGAGGUCAGCUAUGAUCUCACCUCAAGAACCCCUGAUCCAUUUAUUGCAUUUAUGCCAGGUAUUGCAAGCCCAAUAGCUGAGGUUUCAGAGGAGUCAGAAGAUAGUGAGCAAGGCAAAGCUAUUCAUUUGACAGAAUCUGGACCAGAAAAAGGAGCCAAUGGUAAGCACGAAAAUGGCCAGGGGACACAAAACAAAAGAGUUGCAUAUAUAGAGUUCCCUCCUCCACCACCCUUGGAUUCUGAUUCCUCACAGCCUGAGAAAAAAGGGUCAACUCCUUCCUCAGAGGCUGAGACUGAAUUGAUGGAAGUAAAUCUCCAAGAGGAGCAUGAUAAACAUCUUCUUGCUGAACCUAUAAUAAGAGUCCAGCCUCCAUCUCCUGUGCCCCCAGGAGCUAAUGAUAGUGAUUCAAGUGCGGAGGAGGAAUCUGUCUUUAAACCUAUUCCAAUAAAGAAAUAUACCUUUAAGAUAGAUGAGGACAAAGAUUUGAUGAAAAGCCCAUCCAAAAAAACGGACAAGAAUGGAAACGAUAAAGAACAAGGGGCAAAUGAUAAUGGAAAAGCAGAAGAUUAUGAUUAUGAACAAAAUGGCAAUGAUCAGUCCAUCACAGAUUGCUCAAUAGCGACAACUGCAGAGUUCUCUCAUGACACUGAUGCCACUGAGAUCGACUCUCUUGAUGGAUAUGAACUUCAAGAUGAGGAUGACGGCUUAAGUGAAUCUAUUGCCAAACCAUUUGGAUUUCCCAAUGAAAACAGAAAGGAUCUUUGGGCAUUAGAUAAUAUGUCUAGACCAAGUGACCGUUGCCAAAGUAAACUUGAAGUAAUUCAUGAAGAAUCACCAGCUGAGGAUUACAAAAAGACCAAAGCUAAGACUGAUCCCUCAAACAAAAGGAAUGGAAAGGACGGUGAAAAGGAUGGAAAACAAUCUGAUCAAGGAUUGUCUGAAACUUACUUUAGUUACAAGCUAGAUGAGGAGUUUAAUACGCCUUUUAAAACUGUUGCAACAAAAGGCUUUGAUCCUUGGUCAAGCAAGGGAGGAGAAGAUGAAGUAGUGGACGCUAGAAUAAAAGAUGAUGAGCCCAAGCCGUUUGGGCUAGCAGUAGAUGACAAGUCUACAGCAACAACCCCUGACACAACUCCUGCAAGAACCCCAACCGAUGAAAGCACACCAACUAGCGAGCCAAACCCUUUCCCCUUCCACGAAGGGAAGAUGUUUGAGAUGACCCGCAGUGGUGCGAUUGACAUGAGCAAGCGGGAUUUUGUUGAAGAGAGGCUGCAAUUUUUUCAGAUCGGUGAGCAUACAUUAGGAGGGAGGAUAGGGGAUGGGGUCAGAAAACCAAAUGUAGUCACCUCAAAUCCACAGAUAGUUGAGAGAGCACAAGUUAAGAUGGAGGACAACACGGUUAUAUCAUACAAUAUCAUUCAGAUAUGCACUGACCACUCUGACACAUCUCAUGACAUGGAGCCUCCCCCCUAUUCAGAAGUCAGUUCUUUAUGUUCUUCUUUUAAGGUAGGACUCAAAUCUUCCAACAUUGAGAGGAGAGAUUUUGUUUGUGUAGACUGGGAUAGUUCACAAGGUCAAACACCAGAAACUGCACAUCAAGUAGGACCAGACACCUAUAGCACAAGCAAGUACAAUCAGAUGACAGACUCAUCGAGGACAGAACCACAAACAUACCUCCAGACAACUUCCAGUAAUUCCAGAAACUGUAGUAAUAAUGCUAAUCUUGAGGCCUUAAAUGCUGGAACACACUGCUUGCUACAAAGCGGCAUACAAACUGAACAGCUGUUAAUGUCUGAUCUUUGCUCAGUUCAAUUAAUAAACCCAUGUGAAGAUUCAGUCAGAAAGGACACUGGUACUUUCAGGAAUGGCAGUACAGAGAAUGAUGUAAUCUCCAAAUGCAAAGACAUUACAAGAAAGCCACCAAAGUCUAGGUUGCCAGUGAGAGCACCUCAUCCACCACUGGGUUGUAAAAAAGAUCUAGUAUCUUCUAAACCAAUUCAGAAGAUUAGACCAGUAGCCAGGAAUCGAUUAGAUCCAUUCCCAGAUGUGAAGCCUAAAUCUAGAAUCCCAAUGAUGAAGGUUAAACAUGUUAGUUCCUCACCAGUUGGGAAAUGUAGGACCACCACAAUAGCCAAACAGAAAGGUAAAACACAGCCAACCAAAACGAUAACCAACAACAAAAGAUCAAAACCCGGUCCAGUGAGUAGAUCAGGCAGUAAAUGUGAUCAGAAGCCCCUACGUGAGGUUGGCAAAAGUUCUAGUAGUUCAAAACCUAGUAGUGCAGUAAAGCAAGUGGACUGCCUUUCCAGUGAAGAGAAAAAGAUGCAGGCAUAUGAUAAGGAUGAAGAAAGCAGCACAUCAAGGAACACAUCUUUAUCAGAAGCGUCGCAACCCUACCAUACAUCCAGGUCUGCUAGAGACGUGAGAUCACAGGUUGAGCAGUCCAGGAGAGACAGGAGGAGGAGGAGUAGGAGGACUGAUGGAGGUGAAGGCAGUCAGGGUGCUGGGCCUCAAGUGGCCCCCGGCGUGGAGAUCAAGCCUAGCCCUCAGAGCCCCUGUGAAAGAACAGAUGUACGUAUGGCUAUUGUGGCGGAUCAUCUUGGCCUGAGUUGGACUGAGCUGGCCAGGGAAAUGGAAUUUUCGGUUGAUGAGAUAAAUCAAAUCCGUGUGGAAAACCCCAACUCAUUGACAGCUCAGAGUUUCAUGCUAUUAAAGAAAUGGGUUAGCCGAGAUGGUAAAAACGCUACAACGGAUGCCUUAACUGCAGUCCUGACUAAGAUCAAUCGGCUGGAUAUUGUGACAUUGCUGGAAGGGCCGAUAUUUGACUAUGGUAACAUUUCAGGCACAAGAUGUUUUGCAGAUGAUAGCGCAGUUUCCCAGGAGCAGGCUGAUGGUUACCACAACAUUGAGCUGGAGCUCAAGAGUCCCUCAGAGGUGACCUAUGAGCCCCCUACCCCUCUGUGUGAAGAUGAUUUCUUUAGCGAGGACAUUAGGCUAAAGUUCCCCUCCAGUGCCCCUGUUAGACCCAGUGAACUGUCCUUGCCAAAUACUAGUGGCCCAGUGUCUGCAGAUACCAAGCCACCAACUGUCAUGGCGGAGGACACCUCAAUUGGAGGCCGAGAGUCUGUUAGCCAAGAGGAUGGGUCAGCUGAAGAUGAUUUUGGUGUCAACAAAGAAUCAGCAUCCCCCUCGGAACAACAUGACAGUGAGGGUGCCUCAAAAAAAUCAGAUGUCUUCCCAAACAGUCCAGUAAAAGAGCAGAAGGAAGUCCAACCUAAGCUUCCCAUUUGUGUCUCAGCCAGCGAAGCUCCUGGAGAAAGUGGCAAGUCUGGGUUUGACGAAGAAGAUGAAGAUAUGACCCAAGAGAAGAUAAAGUCUCUCUUGGAGAACAUUAAUUUGGAGGAAGGCUCAGAGGAUGAGGAGAUGACUGAGGAGAGGCUGCAAGCGAUCCUCUCUCAAGUGCAGCUGGCAGAAAAAGACAUGUCUUUAGUUUCAGGUCUGCAGAGUGAGACGUCCGGUACAAACGGGAAGACGGCAACUUUGAGCCAAGGACUGAAUACUGUAACACAAGGGCAAAGAGAGUCCAGCCAAGAACUAGUGUCAUCAACACCUGGAGUACAAACUGAGAGGCAAAAUGGGGAACAUCCAGAGCUCCAAGCCAAAGCUCGCCUGUCAUCAGACGCCAGUGAGUCUUCCAGCAAACCAAAGGGCAAAGCUAGGAAAGACUCUGGACAAGAAGGAGUAAGCAGUGAGGCUCUAGAGGAUAGAGGACCAAACAACAGGGGGGAGGACAUUUCCAAGCCUAAAGUCCAGCAGGAAGCUUGUAGAGAUAAUGAAUCCAGCUCUGAUGAGGAAGAAACUGUCACCACCAGAGUGUAUCGGCGGAGAGUGAUUCUGAAGGGUGAUCAGGCCAGAAACAUCCCUGUUGAGACUGUGACAGAGGAGCAGUUCACAGAUGAAGAUGGAAACAUGGUCACCAGAAAAGUCAUCCGCAAAGUGGUGCGUCGCACAGCUGGUGUGGAGGAGAAAGGCAGGAGAAAGCGUGGGAAGCGUUCUCAGCAGGCCAAUAGGGCUGAGCAGGAGGAACAGGGGGGCCCCGGGCCCCACAGAGAGCACACUGAGGCUGGAGAAGGAGGGAAGGGCAUAAAAAAGGAAGGACGACAAAGGGAGAAAGUGGUUCAAUCGUAACAGUUGUGCUCUUUUUGAUCUGAAAGUGUUUCAAAAUCAUUUUCCUAUGAGGAGGAUCACUGGAAACGUGCAGGAGGUCAGGGGAUGAGGAUUGUGUGUCUGCAGCUUUCAUAAAAACAAACGGUUUUCAGCCAGACGGCUUUUGAUUUCGCAUGAGCAUGAAAAAAAAAACAAAAAAAACUUGUUUCUGUCAAUAACACGGAAUGGCUAACGGUCAAAAGGACUUUGUUGGUGCCACGUUUCGUUCGACUGGGGGCGUCUGAUACGAGAUGCUCCAUGGCAGUGCCCAAGCACUUCCGUGACCAAAGAGACCAUGAAACAUACUGCAGAUUGACAGAAAAGGAGGGACUCGUUCAAAUCACCUUCUACACUCGCCUUACAUUUUAUUCCUCUCGGACCCAUGAUGUCGGGGUGUAUAAUGCUGUUGGAGCUUGUGAUGUACAUAAAUUACACUGUAUACAUUUGAAAGUGGCUCACAAUAUUGUUAAUGCACUGGCAAGUGUGUAGGAAUGAACUACCAAUUCUGAUUCCAAUUUUAAGGGAACGCUUCGGUGUAACUUCACAUGCACUUGUAUAAUUAUUAGCAAGAAAAAUGUUUGUAAAUGAAAAAAAAAAAAAAGCCAGCUUGAUUUUAACAACUGAUGUUUCUUUCAAACCUACUGCGGUUUUCAGAGGUAUGAACAUUGGAUCCGCUGUAGUUCUGUUUAAAGACUUCUUCAGAGUACUAAUAUUUUCAUGCAUGUGAUUCACUUUAUUUUGAUUUUUUUAAACAGCAUAACACAGAAGCGAAGGGGGAAUGAUGUUCUGUAUGUAUACACUCACAGCCUUGCUAAUGCUCACAUUUUUUUUAUUUUUUUAGAAAGAUGACAGUAUCACAACACCAUUGUUCAGCUUCACUAAAAUACACUGUGUCCCAUCACAUCACAGCGGCACGUUCCCUAUGCAGUUACAGAUACAGCUGCAAUCCGAACGUUCACCAGUACGCGUCACGUCAACUGGCGAGAUGAACUUUUAACUGUUCUCAUGUGUAUUGGCUCUAAGAUGUAGAAGUCUUACUGUCAGCCUGUCAUUUGUAAUCAUUCUAGCAGUGUAUCACUAUUUUUUAAAGCUGCUGUGGUUUUGGGGGAAAUUUUACUUUGAUUUUGGUGCAUUGAGAAAUCACCCAAGCAUUCAUGGAUGAUAGAUCUGGUAACAAACAUAUGUAUGGAGAAAAAAAAAAAAAAAAAAACAUACACUGGAUGAUCAAAUUAAUUAUUUAAGCUUACAAUAAAUUGUGUUCAAACCCUC